AUGGCUUCUUCAAAUCUAUCUCAUCGGCAGACACAUAAUUUACUUCUAAUCUCGAAGUUGCUCAGCCUCAGAGAUACAGCUUCCCCACUCACGCUGGUUUUGGAUUCCUUGGAACAACCAGCAACCCCUUUGAUCCAUGAGUAUAUUCGACGCGCAAAACUAUCGAAAGUCCAUGUUACGCUCAUAGCUUUUGAGACACUGAAGCCAUUUGAAGGUGUCGAUGCAUUCAUCAGGGCUCGACGAAAAACUCCUGCGGAGAUCGCGAAAGAAGUAGGCGCAGCCUAUCAACCAACAUCUAAUUCCCCAUUGCGCCGUCGAUUGAUCCUUAUUGACUCCAUCAAUCCACUCCUACGCUCUAAGAAGGCCGAUGCGCAGUUCCACUUGCCAACUUUUUUAGGCUCGUUCAUUACACCAUUAGGGCCACCCCCCACGAAAAUUGAAACCUCCCUCGUUGUUACCUUCCACCAAGAUGUUCCCAAUCCUCAUCAUGUCAUGCCAUACGCACCAUCACCCCUAUCAAUGCUGAGCUACCUUGCGACAACAGUCAUCAAGCUUCAUUCUUUCUCGCACAUUCUUGCACAGAAAGCUGCCCGUGAUCGAAGCUUGGCGGCUCCAGUUUUUGGGCUUGAGGAAGAACAAGAUGGAGUGCUACUUGGCCGACUCGACAAGGCAUCGGGUAAUGGUUCCACUGAGGGUGUCGUUCUAGAGAUGGAGCACCGACGCAAGAGUGGACGUGGGGUUCUGGAAUGGUAUGUACUACCGCCAGCUUCGCGUUACUCACCCCAGCACGUCAAGGAGGUUGUGAUAUUACUCGACGAUCAUCCAUUGUAUCGUCCACCCGUCAACACCGACUUUAAUAUGGAGAACGAAGAGCCAGAAUCGACGUUCGAACUCCGUCUUACCGAAAGACAGAGAAGAGACAGAGAAGGGGUUGUAUUGCCAUACUUCGACGCGCAGCAAGGAGAUGGUCCUGGCGAAGGCGGCCGCAUUCUGUACGAUAUGGGCGAAGAAGAUGACUUCGAUGAGGAGGAGGAUGAGAUAUGA